UGCCAAAUUGGGACCAAGGGCGAUGGAAGUUGAUCCGAGUGUGUCUGCGGCGCCAGUGUCCCCCACCAACAACAGCAGGCGUCAUGCCAGCAGUGUUUCGUCCAUGCACCAUCAUCCUGUGCCGAUCACUCGGUCGAAUACACUCCCCCGCCGUGCCAUCGAUACGACCGCGACGAGACAUGGUUUCCUUCGCUCGCUCACUGCGCCGAUAUCGUUCUUCUUUCCUCCGAGCCCCACGUCAAACCAUGCUGCGUCCGCCACUAUCGCCGCAGAGGCACCGCCACCUACGAACCAACUGCAUCGCGACGACGACGCAUACCAUCACGACAACCAUGACGAAGGCGGCACCGAGCGCUCCACCCUUCUCCGAAACAUCAACGCGGAUGUCGAUUACUACAAUGUUGACGCACAUCCCCCUGAAAACUCGAUCCAUGUCGGCAUGUCUGCCACCCUGCCCACUCCCAUUGCAUCAUCCGACCAAGUCCCACUACCGGCCAAUGGCUCUCCCGCCACGGAGACUCCCGUCGCCGACGAGUCAGAAGAGCAACUGCGCACGGAAUUGCGCCAAUUGUACCACCGAGUCCGGUACAGUGCGCCGUUUGUGGUGCUAUUUGUGCUAUACAUCUCAUACCAGCACAUCAAAGGCAUCUUCAUUUGUGUCCUUGGAACGACCUCCAUGAUUGCCCUGGACCAGCGCUUCCGCGGACUCGUCGCGAAGAAGGACAAGGCGAGCGCGCUGUCCCUCGCGGGCAUCGUCGCCGUAUGUUUCAUCGACUCGGUAGCCCUCUCCGCCUUCAACGGCGACCGCACUCCCGUCCACACGCUCGUGAAACCCAUCGCGGACCCGGCCGACAUCGCCGACAUCCUCUGGACCGUCAUGCUCAACGACCUGCUGCUACGCCUUGCCAGCCUCAGCCUCAAGGCCGUGGUCGCCCUCGUCCGACUCGACUGGUGCUGCCCCACCGCGCCCCCCGCGUCGCAGUACCGACGAAAGCGGCGACUGUACGCCGCCAUUGAGACGUCCACGCUCAUGGCGCGGUCACUUGCCGCCGGGUGUCCUUGGUUUAAUUACUACAACGCCGCCGAUUCCAAGCACGUUGCCAUGUUGUUUCGAUGCGUGUACAUUGGCUUCAAGUGCUAUGUGUGCAACGACCAUCUUUCCCAAGUCGCCACGGCGGUGCGCGCCGCCGUGACCGCCCGCCUCGAGUAUGGGACGUACGUGAGCCCGACGGAACUGGCCGAAGCCGGCAGCCCCGAGUGCUCCAUCUGCUACGACGCCAUGCAUGCGCCGGUUCAACUCGCGUGCGCGCACAUGUUUUGCGAAGAAUGCGUGGCCGAGUGGUUUGAUCGCGAACGAUCGUGUCCGCUCUGUCGUGCCGACGUGGAUGCCGCCCCAUCGUCGUCGACUAGUACUACUAGUCCCCCCGUGCCACAAGCCACAACGAGUAGUUCUAGUAGUACUAGUAGCAUCCGACACAAACCGCUCUACUUGGACGGCGGCACGAGUCCGCUUCCGCAAUUCUUAUAAGCCACAUGUCCCAACGUGAUGUUAUUUCAACAGUGUUUUUGGUCGUACAAUAGGUUUGAAAUCGUCCAGGUAUUGUUUAUUGUUGCAUUAGGCCGAGACCGUGACGAUGGCCACAUGUCCUGGGUCCGCCGCGGCGCCAAAGGUAAAUGUGCGGGUGAGGGUACCCGUGAGCACCGCGCAGUCGCCCCCCGGCUCUGCCCGCGGACUUGUCAACAACUCUCUAGGGGACACGGGAGUGGACGACGACAACGCCGCUCGGGGGGACGUGACAGGGCUCGUCACGCAGUGAAAGUGCGGCAUGGCCUUGAACUGCAUGCACACUUGCAUGUGCACAUGGAGCUGCUGCAGUGGGUGGGCGACUGUAUCGACUGUAAGAGUCACGGGGAGGACGUCAUGUGACACUGGGCAAAGUGUGACGAGGGCGGGGUUGGCGCAGACGAGGGCGAUGGCGUCGUAGAUGUCCCCGCCGCUCUGGGUACGGGCGCUCCCUCGCAACACCCGCUCCACAAACGACAGCGCCGUGGCUUCGCUAGAUAGAUAUACACGUUGGAAGUGGCCUGUAGCUCCGAAACUUCAACGUCGGGAUGGG